AUGACAAGUCGAGGGGGCUGCGAAGGGGGGACAUAUGGGAUGGAGGAGGUUGAGGGGGAUAACGGGCCGGAGGGCGGUGUCGGGAGCGGGUCCCCGGGCGGGGCUGGCGGCCUCUCCCCCCCCCUCCUGCUGCUGCUGCUGGUGAUCCCGGGGCCCGGCCUCCCCUGCCCCGCCCCCUGCCGCUGCUGGGCCGACAACCGGACGGUGGAGUGUUCGGGCCGGGGCCUGGAGUCGGUGCCCGCGGGGAUCCCGGGGGGGACCCGGGUGCUCGACCUCAGCCGCAACCGGCUCCGGCGGCUGGAGUGGCCGCGGGGCUCCGGGGGGCCGGCGGCGCGGCGGCGGCUGGAGGAGCUGGACCUCAGCGGGAACCUGGUGUCGGAGCUGCCCGGGGGCGGGGAGGGGGAGGAGGCCGAGGCCGAGGAUGGAGGGGCCUGGUCCGGCCUCGGGCAGCUCCGCCGCCUCCGCCUGGACGGUAACCGGCUGCGGUACCUGUCCCCGGGGGCGCUGGGCCGCCUGGCCGCCCUGGAGAGCCUGGAGCUCGGCUCCAACCCGCUGCCGGCGCUGCUGGACCUCACCUUCCGGGGCCUGCGCCGCCUCGGCCGCCUGGAGGUGGGAGGCCCGCAGCUCGGCUACCUGGGCCCGAGGCUGUGGGAGGGCCUACCCGCCCUGCGCCUGCUCACCGUCACCGGGGGCUCGCUGCCCGCCGCCCCGUCCGCCCUCUCCCUGCAGCCGCUGGCCAACCUCAGCGCCCUCCGCCUGCUCGGCCUCGCCCGGGUCCGCCGCCUCCCCGCCGGCACCUUCGGGCCCCUGGCCGCCCUCCGCCUGCUGCAGCUGGACGGGUGGUCGUCCCUGUCCGAGCUGGAGGAAGGCAGCCUCCGGGGGCCCGAGCUGCUGCUGCGCCUGUCGGUCACACGCUGCAACCUGAGCUCGGUGCCUUACCUGGGCCUGCAAUCCCAGCCUGCCCUGCGCUGGCUGGACCUCUCCCACAAUCCCAUUCGCGUCAUCCGCGCGGGGAUGCUGCGCCACGUGACCCGGCUGGAGGAGCUGCGAUUGGUCGGCGCCGGCCUGCUCGCCGUCCAGCCCGAGGCCUUCCGCGGGCUGCUCUACUUCCGGCUGCUCGACGUCACGUCCAAUCAGCUCCGCAGCCUGCCCGAGAAGGCCUUCCGCUCGGCGGCCGGCCUCCACAGCCUGGGCCUGGGCGACAACCCGCUGGCCUGCGACUGCCGCCUGCACUGGGUGGCCCGCCGCCGCCGCCGGCUGCGCUUCCUGGGCCCGGCGCCCGCCUGCCGCACCCCCGAGGCCCACCGCGGCCUCCGCCUCGACCGCCCGCCGCCGCCCGGCUCCUUCCUCUGCAGCCGGCCCCGCAUCCGCGACAAGCGGCCGCAGCGCCUCUCGGUCCGCGAGGGCCGGCCCGUCACCUUCCGCUGCUCGGCCGACGGUGACCCGCCCCCCGACAUCCUGUGGCUCAACCCCCGGCGCCAGCGGCUGGGCGCCCCCACCCCGGGGCCCUUCCCGCUGCCGGGCCCGGCGCUGGGCCGCAGCCGCCUGCUGCCCGACGGCGGCCUGGAGAUCGCCUCGGUCCGCCCGCAGGACGCCGGCAUCUACCGCUGCGUGGCCCGCAACGCCGGCGGCAACGACACCGCCUCGGCCACGCUGCGGGUGCGGCCGCUCUCGCCGCAGGAGCUCGGCGUCUUCCGGCCGGCGGGGAGGGGCGGCGUGCGGCCCGGCUACCCCUUCGACACCCAGACCCUGCUGGUCACCACCACCAUGGGCUUCGCCUCCUUCUUCAGCGUGGUCACCGUCUGCUUCUCGCUGCUGUUCGCCUGGAGCCGGGCCAAGGGCCCGAUCAAACACAACAACAUCCAGGUGGACUUCGUGCCGCACGGGGGCGGUGGCGGCGGAGGAGGAGGAGGAGGGGGGGAGGGAGACGACGCCAAGUACAACAUGAAGAUGGUGUGAGGGAGGAGGAGGGCGUCUACUCGACGUGAUGCCGUCAUGGCGGGCGUGACGUCACGCCGUCAGCGCGCCACGUGGCCCAGAGCCCACUUCACCUGGAGCCGCCCUUUGGACGCCAUGUCGUCAUCGCCUCACGCGGACACGCCCCCCGACGGUAAGCCCCGCCCCCCAAAGUCAAUUGGAGAUGGUAGUGUGUGCUGCUGGAAAAGCACAGCAGGUCAGACAGCGCCCGGGGAGCCGGGACAUCCAUGUUCCGGGCAAAAGACCUUCAUCGAUAAUUGCCAAUGAAGGGUUUUUUUGCCCAAAACGUCGAUUCCCGCGCAUGCCGGACGUUGCCGGACCUGCUGUGCUUUUGCAGCCCAACCCCCAAUCAUCUGGAGAGCCGCUGCUUUUACGUCAUGUCGUCAUCGCUCGGCGUUUUUCCCGUACCCUUUACGUCAUGCCGUCAUCGCUCGGCGUUUUUCCCGUACCUUUUACGUCAUGCCGUCAUCGCGCUCGGCGUUUUUCCCGUACCUUUUACGUCAUGUCGUCAUCGCUCGGCGUUUUUCCCGUACCUGUCGCGUCAUGUUGUCAUCGCGCUCGGUGUUUGUCGCGUUCCUUUUACGUCACGCCGUCAUCGCGCUCGGCUUUUGUCCCGUACCUUGACGUCACGCCGUCAUCGCGCUCGAUGUUCGUCCUGUACCUUUCACGUCAUGCAGUCAUCACGCACGGCGUUUGUCCCGUACCUUGACGUCAUGCCGUCAUCGCGCACGGCGUUUGUCCCAUACCUUUCACGUCGGGGCGUCAUCGCGCACGGCGUUUGUCCCGUGUCGUCAUCACGUCGAUGUUGCAGAUGCGAACGUCAUGGCCGUGACGUCACCUGAGUGUAUCAAUUAAAGUGAAUUUCCUGGGAA